AUGUCCGGGCUCUGGCUGGUCGCCAGCAUCGUCUACAUGGCCGAGAUUGUCGGCAGAAACAUGGACUAUCUGUUCAGGGAGCGAGGAUUUCCUCUCAAGAUCCUCACGGCUGUGCUGGCGCUGGCAGCCGCCUGCCUGGACGCGGCGCUCUGCCUGCUGUCGCACCGACACCGCAGCGCCAUCUACUCGCCGCAGCUGAAGGCGGCGCCCUCGGUCGAGUCGGGCGCCCGCCCGGCCCAACUCACCAUUGGCACACCGCCGGCGCACGAGGCGACGCAGCGCAGCAGCUUCGGCGGUGUGGAGGCGCGGCCGGAGAGGCACCGGAUGGAGCGCGCGCCCAGCAGUCCACCGUUCGUCGCACGCCACCCCGGGGACGUGGAGGAGCCGCUGGCGGUGGCCGGCACCAAGUUUGCGAGCACAGACUACCUGGCCAGCGAUCCGGCCAACCUCAGCUUCAGCCAGCGGCUCAAGAUGCUGGAGCAGCGGAAAGCGAACGGAAAGCGAUGGCAGAGUGAGCUCAUCACGUGUCAGACGUGA